AUGAAUUAUCUAAUAACAAUAAUAUUCCCCUUAUUUAUUCUUGGAAUCGCUGCGGGACCAUUGGAAAUUGCGGAUGAAUUCAAAAAACAUUUCAAUGUCGAAGAUAAACAGUUGGAAUCUGUUGAACAACUUUUGGUGAAGAUGAAAAAAUUGGCACAUUCGAGAAGUUUUCGGGGAAGAGAAUUUGGAAAUGAUGUGAGUUAGGGAAUAUCGGGAUUGCUGAUUGCGAAAUCAACAUGAGCUGAGAAAAAUAAAUUUCAAAUUACCUCCAAGAAUUGGUGAGCUCCAUUAAAUUGUUAAAAAUUCAUUUUUUUUUUAAAUACACUGGGGCUCCUAGCAUUCUGAAAUUUCUGACUUCAAAAGUUAACUUCGAAAUUCUCAAAAGGGGAGAAUUCAAAUUUCGGAAAAAUAUAAGAAAUAACCACGUGGAAACAAUUUUCAAAUUUAUUUUUAAAAAUUAAAUUUCCAUGUUUAGACAUUGGCGUAGAAGUUUCAAACUACAAAGAUUACUGUAGAUCAAACUACAAAGUGUAGAAAUUCCAGAAUACAAAAAUUAGUGCACCUCAAACUGCAAAGUAUACUGUAGCUCAGUACAGAUUUUGUUCUGAUCAUGAUUUAAGCUGAAAAUUUCCUAGUUUUUCUAUUGUCCAGCGAGAUUUGAAGUUUCAAAUGUAUCAACAAGAUUCUGAUUUUCCAGGCCGUCGAAGAUUCCAAAAAAGACGUGACAAUCUCCGCUCAACAAGGAACAAUCAGCAAAAACCUCUCACCAUUUCUCUUCGAAGGUGACAUAUUUCUAUCUCGUCGUCAAGCAGUUGACAUCCUAAAAGCUCUUUCAAAAGACAAAUCAAAAAGACUACGAAGAUCUUUUGUUUCCGACAAAACUGCGAUGUGGAAAAAGUUUCCGAUUCAAUAUAGAUUUCAUGAAUCUGUCGAUUUUUAUACAAUCAGUCAAAUUAUUGCUGCAAUUAGGUAUUGGGAAGAUUCAACUUGUAUUACUUUUGAAAAUGUUAAUGAUGUUCCGGAUGGAGAUUAUAUUGAAUUUUUUGUGGGACAAGGGUGAGUUGAGAGGUUCGAAAAGGUUCGCAAAAAUAUUUCAAUGAUUUUCCAGCUGCUAUUCAAUGAUCGGUAGAAAUGGUGGUCGACAAGGUGUUUCGAUCGGGGAAAGUUGUGUGAAACUCGGUGUAAUUGAGCACGAAAUCGGGCAUGCUCUUGGUCUUUGGCAUGAGCAAUCACGCCCUGAUGCACUUAGUUAUAUUGAAGUUGAGACUGAUUUUAUUCUGCCAUCUUAUAUCAGUGAUUUUCUGCAAAGAGAUGAUGAAAUUGACACUUUGGGAAUACCGUAUGAUUUGGGAAGUGUUAUGCAUUAUGGAAGCACUGCUUUUAGUUCGGAUCAGAAGAGUAAAACUGUGGUUACACGGUGAGUGGAAUGUUGGGCGAGUUGGUAUCUUGGCCGCGGUUUUCAGAGACUCUUUGUAUCAACAAACAAUCGGACAACGUGAAAAAUUAUCAUUCUACGAUGUGGCUACAAUAAAUCGAGCAUAUUGUGAAAAUGAAUGUAUUGCUGAGGAUACAAAAUGUGAAAAUGGAGGAUAUAUGAAACCAUCGAAAUGUUCGGAAUGUCUUUGUCCAGAUGGUUUGGGUGGAGAUCAUUGUGAGAAAAAUGAAGAGGCUAAGAGUUAGUUGAAGUUUUAUUUUCGGAAAAAAAGGAUAAAAUUGAAGAGCACAUAGAAAUUGGCAAAAACCCCUGAAAGAAAUUUAGAAAAAAUACGGAAAUAUUUCAUUUGAAUAGAAUUUUUGCAUUUCAAAAUUUCACUGUUUCAAAAAAAUUUUAUAGUGAAAAGGUUCAAUUAUUUUAAUAAAAAUAAUUUGUGGAAAACACUUGAAAUUUCGAUAAACACUAAAGUCAUAUUCAUUGAGAAUUUUCCAAAUAAGUUUUUUGAAACAGCGAAAAAAAUUAAAUUUCAAAAUUUCACUGUUUCAAAAAUAUCUUAUAGAGAAAAAGUUCGAUUAAAUAAUAAUUUAUUACCAGAACACAUUGUUUGAGAAUUUUCCAAAUAAAAUUUUUGAAACAGCGAAAAAAAGUUACUUUCAAAAAUCUCACUGUUUCAAAAUCGUUUUAUAGUGAAAACUUGGACUAUUCAUUAUUAUGAAAUGUGCCCACGUAGACCUGAAAUAUUAGAAAAAAUGAACUUUUUUAUUUUUUAAUGAUGUCAAAAUAUUUUUUUUUGAAAAUUUCGAAAUUGUAGGUAGCUAAAAAAUCAAUCAUCUAUUCCUUGAAAACUUACCGAGUUUGAAAAAUUAUUUCAUAAUUUUGAAAUUUAAAGUGGAGAGAUCAUAUUCAUUGAUGUGAGAUUUUAAAAAUACACUUUUUGAAACAGUGAAAAUUUGAAAACUUUUUUUUAAAAAUUGCGCUAAUCUUCAGACGCUGAAUGUGGUGGUAUUUUGAAAGUCACAGAUUCCUGGCAAGAAAUCGAAUCACCUGGAUAUCCAGACCCAGGAUACGAUAGCGAUCAAAAAUGUUCUUGGUUAAUCAAAUCCGACGACGCCACAAAACGCAUCGAACUCGAAUUCAUCGAAGAUUUCUCAUUUUUAUGCACUUCAACUUGUGUCGAUUUUGUUGAGCUGAAAAUAUCUGAUGAUUUGAGGAACACUGGCUUUCGAUUCUGUUGCUACGAUAAACCAGAAAUCAGUUUUGUGUCUCAAACAAAUACGGCCAUUGUUAUUUUCCGAUCACAACUUUCGCAGGAUAUUGGAUUCAAGAUCAGAAUGAGGACUAGUUAGUUAGAGAAUUCGGAACUUCCGAAGGUCUAUCUGAAAUUUUCAGCAACUUCGGAGGCUCGUACAACUUUGGCUCCUGCAAUUAUAACCACAACAAUAGCUCCUUUACCAGUUGAUUUGCCAAAUGUUUGGGCUGAUUGGGCAGAAUGGUCGACUUGUUCGAGAACUUGUGGAGGAUGUGGGAUUCGGAGUCGAGUUAGAACUUGUAGAUCAAAGAAAUGCGAGUGAGUGAAAAAUUCUGGAAUCUAAAAAAAAAGUUCACUGUUUCAAAAAUUUUAGAUAAUAUUUUUUCAGUUUUCGGUCUUCAAAUGCAGACAGAAAUGAGACAAUUUUUUUCAAAUACUUUUUUUCCAGAGGUCGCCGCCAAGAAUUCGGAACUUGUAAUUUACAAGCUUGCCCUGUUGAUAAACAUUGUGCAAAACUUAUGUCAAAUAAUCGAUUGUGUCAUGGAAAAGUUUGUACCAAGUGAGUCGUGAAAAUAAAUUUCGAAAAAAAAUUCUACUGUUUCAAAAAAUUCAUAAAUUUCUAGAAGUUAUUUUCCAGAUGAUGAUAUUGCACAGCUAUUUGACAAUAAAAAACUUAUUUAAAAAUUUACUGUUUCAAGAAUGUAGUUAAAUAUUUUCAAGGUUUUAAAUUUUUGAUUAUUUUGUCGAUUACGUUUUUUUCAAAUUUGAUUUGAUUGUUUGAAAAUUAAAAUCUGACUUUGAACUUUCUCAUAAAAAAUUCAUAAGUUAGAGCUAAGGUAAGUUUUGGAAGAAAAAUAAUAGAAACAUUUACUGUUUCAAAAAAUGGCAAUACCGUAUUUGGUUCCACAUUUUCAGUUCUGAAAUGCUGUUUUUCGGCUCCAAGUUUUCUGAUCUCUAAGUUGAGACAUUUUUCAAAUAUUUUUUGAAAAUAAGUUUUACGUGAACUUCUGAGUUGCCGUAGCAAAUAUUUUUAGCGCGAAAAAAACAUUAUAUUAUAAAAAUUACUGGAAAAAUUUACGUUUCAGAAAAAUCAAAAGAAUAUUAUCGUGUUAUUCCAGAUGCUGCAGAAAUCGUUAAUAAAUUAUAAAAUUUAAUCUUUAAAAAUUUACUGUUCCAAGAAAAUACCAAAACAAAGCUUAAAACGUUUUUUUUUUUUCCAGAAACGAUAUUUCAAUUUCAUCAUGCGAUGCUCCACAAUGUUGUCCACCAUUUCAAAAUAUCGAUGGAAUGUGUCAAUCAGAUCAACAAAAUCAACAUGACGAAUUAUGGUUGUCAAUUUGA